AUGGCGGUACCAGAUCGGCUUGCGUACGUCCAGCUAGACGACUAUGAUCGACAUGUCUUUGACCAUGUCUUGUCCGAUGACACUGAACGAUACGCCUUCAUACGGUUCUUUCAGCACGUCAGUGUCAACUACCAGAGGCAAAAGCGCCCCCGCAGUGGACGUGGUCGCGUGCGAUUGUGGAACAAGACACACUCCUACUGGGUCCGCAAAGCGCAGGAGCAGCAGGAACUCCCAGCAAUACAACGAUCCGCUCCAGUCGUCCCAGCUGUUGCUCCACCUCUACCUGCUCCCAUCUUAACAGUCCAAGUCCCUUCCGCUGUUGAGAUUGCUCCCGUUCCUAGCCCGGUCCCGGCCUCAAUCCCGACUGCGCCGGUACCUUCAAGCGCAAAUACCAUUCCCGUCGCAAGCCGCUCGCCUUCCCCCGUACUCUCGUCCCAGAACAUCCCUCCAACCUCCGGCUCGAAAAGGGCACGAAAUAACGAUGAAGAACCAAGUGUAGCGUCACUUGAACCCCCCGCUAAGCGCCGUCGACCCGUCAUCGGAGGUGAACGAUGCCCCCCCUUCGUUCUCCAUAAUGGCCUCCACGAGACUGAACCUGGAGUGUCUACUUAUUUCGAAUUCCCACCCACUCUACAACAGCGCGAGUUCGUCCAAAAGACUCUGGGCGGUACCUGGCGCUAUGCAAAGACGCUCCAUCAGUCGCCGAUCAAUUCGGUGUUGCCAAAGCCUCGAUCAGGUAUUCCACCGAGAUCAAUCGACUUGUUUGUCAAACUUGACGAGGCGGGAAUAAUUCAAGAUCGUGUUGCGGUGAAAUAUACGGAUAUCUCCUGGGACAAAGAUACGACAACAAAGAAAAGGGUUGAACUCGAAGAAGCUGUAGUACAUACAAUUCCAGAUGGAUGUCGACAUCUUCCAGCGUAUCGCAACAUUGUUGAUCACACCAUGAACUUCACAAUCGAUGGCGGUUAUUCGGACAACAAAGACCCGAGCUGUUGGAAACAGCGGUACAUUUUCUCGGAUUAUGCGCCUCACGGCGACUUGUAUCAGCUAAUCAACAACCAUGCCAGGGCUAGCAAGGUCGUGCCUGAACACUUCAUCUGGUAUGUGUUCAAGCAGUUGGUAGACGCGCUCACUACGCUUGAAACUGGAGUUUGCAAGGAGAUGGAUAGUGGUCCUACCACUGGUCAAGAGGAUAGAUGGCAGCCCAUCCUCCACCUCGAUAUCAAGUCUGGAAACGUCCUACUCGCGAGUCCUGAUCCGACGUAUAAAUCUUACCGUCAGCCCGUCCUCACGGACUUCGAUUGCUCCACUCGGCUCUCUAAUAACCCCAUAAAGCGCAAGGAACAAAUGAAAAAUGCACGUGGGUACGGUACCAGGUGUUGGCAAGCCCCCGAACAUGCCUACGAACAUGUACAUACCAAGCACUACACGCCGAGCACUUGGGACUUGAACCAUCGCACCGACAUCUACGCGCUUGGUCUUUUGAUUAGACACCUGAUGUUGUGUGCCACCAUGCCCAGCAAUCAGAUAGCGAAACUGCACAGGGACGAGACUUCUUUUUUCCCCACCGAGGCCACGAGUCGGAAUGAGGCUCCAGAACAAGAGGUUCCAUGGAGAAUGUACCCUGAAGUCUACAGUAUAGCUCUUAUCCGCACGGUCCAUCGCUGCCUAGCAUUUCGCCAGUAUCGUGAUCCAGCGAAACCCAACAAGGGAUCCAGACCUUCCCUGUCUGAGCUUCAGGGUCGAAUCAACCACCACCUUAGCCAGCUUGAUCAAAUGUGCGGCGAUGGCGUCACUGCUGCACAUUAUCCCGUUGAUCACCCGCUCCACGUAAUGUUCCCCGAAGACGACCCUCGAUUCACCAUCGGGACUCUCUUCUCACCAGAGCCCACUGCGACGGUGAAAGAGCUCAUUCUCAGCUCAGCAACGGAUCUUGACAAAGCCAGAGCUCACGAUACUUUCACAACCUAUGCCCCGAGUGCCCCGAAUGCCCUCGCCAUUCCUAGGGCAGAAGACACCCACUCAGACGUACCGCAGCCAACUAUGAAAGUCCAGGAAGACGUUUUGAAAGAGGUCAUUACGGAAGUUCGUCGAGACGCCUUGAAGGGUCCCCAAUCAGUGGAGCGCGACCUACGUGCUUACGCCAUCGACCACGCCGAUACGACAAUCCACAAAUGCGUCAACCCACACGGCAAUUUCAAGCAGCUCAAGGGAGCGAAAGAUUCCAAGUUCUUCUCGCCAGAAUCCAAGCAUGCCACCUUGACUUCGAUGAAGAGUUGGGCGGACAAACUACUAGACGAUACAAAGACCGCGAUUGAGCAAGAGCAGGAGAGGAUGGCCUGGAUUGACGACGACGUGAUCAUGGAUCAAGCCGAAGAUAUCGAUGCGGUCCAAGAAAACGAGAGCGUUCAGGAAGAGAAAGCUCGCGUCAGGGCGCUGCGCACGCAAGAAUUACGCGACAAGAAGCAGUUGAUUCAGGAGCACGAGGCGUACUUGCAACAGAAGCUUAUUGCUCUGAAGGAUCUGAGCGAGGCUGUAGACAUUGGUAUGGCUGUGCUCGUGCUGGGGGAUGAGCUGGAGCUUGAUGCAGAGCUAGCGGAUGAGCACUGGAUGACGAAGGUGUCGGGCUUGCACCGGGGUGUGUGGGAGUAUUUCUGGAGUCGUCCAAGUGGCGUCUUUACCUGA